UAGGCCUUCCGGCUGUAGGCCUUCCGGCUGUAGGCCUUCCGGCUGUAGGCCUUCCGGCUGUAGGCNGCCUUCCGGCUGUAGGCCUUCCGGCUGUAGGCCUUCCGGCUGUAGGCCUUCCGGCUGUAGGCCUUCCGGCUGUAGGCCUUCCGGCUGUAGGCCUUGGCCUCCCCAAAAUGGCGGCGGGGCGCGGGUGGAGGCGGCGGGCCCUUCGGCUGCUGACGGCGGGUGGCGGAGUGUUGCUGACCCGCUUCCCCUUCUGGCAUUGCUUCAGCGGGCUGCUGCUGUGCGCGGAGCGGGCCGACGGGCGGCGGAAGCCCGACAUCCCGGUGCCGUACCUGUACGUGGACAUGGGGGUGGCCGUGCUGUGCGCCAGCUUCAUGUCCUUCGGGGUGAAGCGCCGCUGGUUCGCGCUGGGGGCCGCCCUGCAGUUGGCUGUGGCCACAUACGCGUCACACGUCGGCGGCCACGUGCACUACGGGGAGUGGCUGAAGGUGCGGAUGUACUCGCGGACCAUCGCCAUCAUCGGGGGGUUCCUCAUCCUGGCCAGCGGAGCAGGGGAGCUGUACAGGCAGAAGCCGCGCAGCCGCUCAUUGCAAUCCACGGGUCAAGUCUUCCUGGGCAUCUACCUCAUCUGCCAGGCCUAUUCCCUGCAGCACAGCAAGGAGGAUCGCCUGGCUUAUCUGAACCACAUCCUGGGCGGCGAGCUCACCCUGCAGCUCCUCUUUGUGCUCUAUGGCCUCUUGGCUUUGGCUUUUCUCUCCGGUUACUACGUGAGGGUGGCAGCUCAGGUCCUGGCCGUCGUGCUGCCCCUGGCCAUUCUGCUGAUCGAUGGGAACAUCGGAUAUUGGCACGAGGGACGGAGGGUCGAGUUCUGGAACCAGAUGAAGCUCAUCGGGCAGAACGUGGGGAUCUUUGGGGCCGUGGUUAUUCUGGCCACCGACGGCUGAGCGGGAACUGCGGGCGGCGGCUGAGCGGGGUCGUUUCGUUGGAAGGAUCUUUAUUUAUUACCAUAAUUAUUAAUAUUUCUUUUUCUAAAGA